AAGUAAGCUAAGAUUGGUAGGCUGACCUAGAAGGGGGAGGGGCUUCCCGUUGGGUUCUGUACGCCGGUCGGUAGGAUUUCUGCGCCACGUGAGGAAGAGCGAAUAGAGUCGUGAAGUGACGUCACGGGGAACGAGCAACCGGGUCAUACGUCAACAAGAUGCCACGAAAACAGGAUCUGGAAGAUGAAGAGAAAGGGAAUGGGAAGGAGAAAGAAGCAGACAAAGUGGUGAAAAAAGGGAAGAAAGAUAAGAAAGGCAAAAAAUCGUUUUUUGAGGAGCUGUCUGCAGAUAACAAACAAGCGCAGGAAGAGGAAGCUGCUAGGGAACUAGAGAAGGAAAAACUGCAGCAACAGAUACAACAGCAAAAGAAGAAGGAGAAAAAGAAGAAAGACCGGCGGAGGCAAAAAGGAGAUGAUGAUGGCGAUGAAGACAAAGACAUAACCGAGAAAUUAAAGAAGCUGUCGGUACAAGCGAGCGAUGAAGAGGAUGAACCAGAACCUCCACCAACUCGCAGAGGGGCUAAAACGCAGGGAAGGAAUAUCUUUGCCGCUCUUGGGGAUGAUCAGAGUGAUGAGGAUGAGGAGGAAGAAGAGGAAAAGGAAGAAAAAGUAAAACCCUCCAAGAAAGAUACAGGCAACAAAGUAAAGGGAAGGAAUAUCUUUGCCGCUCUUGGGGAUGAUCAGAGUGAUGAGGAUGAAGAAGAGGAAAAGGAGGAAAAAGUAAAACCCUCCAAGAAAGAUACAGGCAAGAAAGUAAAGGAGGAAGAAGAGAAAAAGACAAAUAAAAAAGGAAAGAAAAAUGAAAAAACAGAUAAAAAGAUAUCUGAGGAGAGACAACCUAGCGUAGAAGAGACUCCAAAAGAAAAAUCGAAAACCAAGACUCCCGUUGCCAAAGCUGCUUCUGUUGAUUCUGAUGAGGAAAAAGAGAAAAAACCCAAUAAAAACAAUAAGAGAAAGCCUAAACCGGCCCAGAAACGAUUUGUUGCCUUGGACUCAGAUAAAGAAGACUUCGGUGCUGGAUCUGAGGAAGGGUCAGGAGAUGAGGCGGGAUCAGGGGAAGAAAAGACAGAAGCCGCCGAAGAUCCAUACGCCAACCUAAGUAAAAAGGAAAAGAAAAAGAUUAAAAAGCAGCUAGAUUACGAGAAGCAAAUGGCGUCACUAAAGAAAGCGACAGCUGCCGAAAAUGACUUCUCUGUCUCACAAGCCGAACUUUCGUCUCGUCAGGCCAUGCUGGAAAACGCCUCUGACAUUAAGCUAGAAAAAUUCAGUAUUUCUGCCCACGGAAAAGAGUUGUUUGUCAAUGCAGACCUGUAUGUGGUGGCUGGUCGCCGGUACGGAUUGGUUGGACCUAAUGGUAAAGGGAAGACCACGCUUCUGAAACACAUAGCAAACAAAGCUCUGAACAUUCCCCCAAACAUUGACGUCUUGCUUUGUGAGCAGGAGGUGGUCGCUGACGAUACGCCAGCGGUACAAUCCGUUCUUAAGGCAGACACUAAGCGCAUAAAGCUACUCGAGCUGGAAAAAAGACUGCAGACUCGACUGGAGAAGGGCGACGACAACGCAGCUGAACGACUAGAAAAGGUGUACGAGGAGUUGCGUGCUACAGGAGCUGCUUCAGCGGAAGCCAAGGCUCGCAGGAUCUUAGCCGGUUUGGGUUUCACACCAGAGAUGCAGGACAGGGAAACUCGAAGGUUCAGCGGAGGCUGGAGAAUGAGAGUGUCGCUGGCAAGAGCUCUCUUUAUGGAGCCAACACUCUUGAUGUUGGAUGAACCCACAAACCACUUAGAUCUGAAUGCCGUUAUCUGGCUUAACAAUUAUCUGCAGAGUUGGAAGAAAACGCUCCUCAUUGUGUCCCACGACCAGGGAUUUCUUGACGACGUUUGCACAGAUAUAAUGCACUUGGAUAUGCAGAAACUGUUUUAUUACCGUGGAAAUUACAUGACCUUUAAGAAGAUGUACCAGCAGAAACAGAAGGAACAGCUGAAACAGUAUGAGAAGCAGGAAAAGAAGCUGAAAGACCUAAAGGCUGGAGGAAAAUCGGCCAAACAGGCGGAGAAACAAACUAAAGAUGUAUUAACCCGCAAGCAACAGAAGUGUCGGAAGAAAAAUGCAGAUGAAGAGGCGAAUGAGCCAGCAGAGCUGCUAAAGAGACCGAAGGAAUACACAGUGAAAUUCACCUUCCCUAAUCCGCCCCCUCUCAGCCCUCCCAUCCUUGGCCUGCACAUGGUAGAUUUUGGUUACUCGGGUCAGAAGCUGCUCUUCAAAGACCUCGACUUUGGAAUAGAUAUGGACUCUAGAAUCUGUAUUGUUGGCCCUAAUGGUGUGGGAAAAAGUACCCUGCUCUUGCUGCUGACGGGAAAACUCACGCCAACCAAAGGCGAAAUGAGGAAAAACCAUAGACUGAAAAUCGGCUUCUUUAACCAGCAAUACGCAGAUCAGCUAAACAUGGAGGAAACUGCUACAGAAUAUCUACAGCGUAACUUUAACCUGCCUUACCAGGAUGCACGUAAAUGCCUUGGCCGAUUUGGUCUGGAGAGCCAUGCUCACACCAUCCAGAUCUGCAAACUAUCAGGAGGACAGAAAGCCAGAGUAGUAUUUGCAGAGCUUUGCUGUCGGCAGCCAGAUGUGCUGAUCUUGGAUGAACCUACGAAUAACCUGGACAUAGAAUCGAUUGAUGCUCUUGCAGAAGCCGUUAAUGAAUAUAAAGGAGCUGUGAUCACAGUGAGCCACGACACCAGGCUCAUUACAGAAACAAACUGCCAGCUUUGGGUAGUGGAAGAACAGACCAUUAACCAAAUUGAGGGCGACUUUGAUGACUACAAGAGGGAGGUCCUGGAGAGCCUGGGCGAGGUGAUCAUCAAUAAGCCCCGCGAGAAAGAAUGAAAUGUGAAGGUGGGCGAGAGACGAGGGACAACAGCGAUGUCCACAAUUUCUGCUUAAGGAGAGUGAAAAAAACAUCCAACAACCUCACGCAGACUGAUCCCACCGUGAAGGGAGCCCAGUCCUGUUUUUAUUCCUGUUUUGCUGCCUUGAUAACGCAGAGAAUACUAAAUAAAUAUUUAUAUAUUGGCUAUGA